AUGCCCGUCCGCACGGCAAUGUCGUCUCCGGACCUGCAAGGCAACAGCUUGGCACUGGAAGCCAUGAACGAUUCACCCGAGGACGGGCUGAAAGGCAAGCCUUCACCCAGUCCGCCGGCUUCAUGUUUCCAGGCCUGUGGCGACUUGAGAUCUUUGACCAGGAAGUUGAUGGCGCUCAUCCAAGACUUCUUGGGCAACGACCUAGGAGUGGCAGAUCCAGGUUUCCAGGAUCCCGAGAAUGCCGUCAUAAUCUUCGAUUGGGAUGACACCUUGCUGCCCACAACGUACAUCUUGAGCACGGUGAUUCCUAGCCUGGCGGAGGAAGAUCGUGCUGGAGUACUUCCAGAGUCCUCGCCGCACCAGGGCGCACUCGCAGCUCACGCUCAUCUCGUUGGGUUUCUGCUGCGGACGGCACGGCGAGUGGCACGGGUAGCUAUUGUGUCCAACUCAUUGAGCCCCUGGGUCGAAGCUUCCUCGGCUCGGUACUUGCCGGGACUGGACUUGGAGGGCUUGCUCCGUGAGUUGGAUGUGCCGAUCUACUAUGCCCGCCGGCAUUUGCCAAACAUACCCGUCACCUACAAGGUGGAAAAGUGGGAUGUCCACCUGGAUCGUUCUUCCGGUGGUCGUAUCGGCGUAGACAUAAUUCCCGAGUUCGACGGCUCCUUGGCCGUGGCACGCAUCGAGGAGGGGGGCUUGAUGGACAAGUGGAACCAGGAGCAUCCGGACCAGGAGGUGCAUCCUGGAGAUCGCUUCUCGGAGGUGAACGGCAGUAGCCAGCACCUCACGGCAGAGUGCCGCAAGAUGCAGCGUCUGCGGAUAACAGUGUACAGAGCAGUGCCGGAUCGGGACCCCUACGUUGAGGCCAAGCGCAUCGACAUGGUGGCCUGUUUGGAGAAGUUCUAUGGCCGACAUCAGAAGUGGCGGCAGAACGUGCUCUCCAUUGGCGAUGCAUGCACAGAGCAGCAAGCCAUCAAGGAGGUUCUGCAGGAUUCGGGCGUGGCGUCGACGAGCGAGAGACGGCCCCUGUGCAAAACAGUUAACCUUAUUGACACUCCGACACUGGAACAGCUCAGUAACGAGCUUCGAAUUCUCCUGGUCUGGUUGUCGCACAUGGUUCAGUACCACAAGGAUUUCGACCUGUUCAUGGAUGGGUUGGAUGACUUGGAGGCAGAGCUCUUCAAAAAAGCUUGA